UUACGCGCUUAUUCUAUUUUAUUCUAAAUAUUUCAUAUAAUAUUUGUUAUAUCUUGUAUUAUUUGCGUGCAAAUGUCAAAGAUUCUCUUACUUAAAGUUUCAGAUGAAAUUGAAACUGAAGAGAAAGAGUUAACGGCGGUGCUAACGUCGCCGUUAUCGUUGGAUAACGACUCCGGUAACGAUUACAGAGCACCGAAUUUGUUACAGCGUGUUUUUAGUCUCUUGAAGACUGUACGGCCAGGAUCUGAUCUCACUCGGUUUACGUUGCCAGCUAUCUUCAACAUUCCGAAAUCACAACUUCAAUGUUAUGGAGAAUCAAUAUAUUGCGUCAACAAUGACAUUCUUAGUAGCUGCGCAAAUGGCGAGACACCACUUGAACGAUUCACAUCAGUCGUUGCGUGGAGCAUAUCUACUGUUAGGCCUCUAAUGUUUGGUGUAGCUCCCUAUAAUCCCGUCCUUGGAGAAACUCACCACGUUUCACGAGGCAACCUAAACGUGCUACUCGAACAGGUUUCACAUCAUCCACCUGUGAGUGCCCUGCAUGCGACAAAUGAGCAAGAUAACAUCGAAAUCACAAUGUGUCAAUACGCAAUCCCAAAAUUCCAAGGCACCUGCAUUGAAACUCGGGUUCAUGGAAAACGACAGUUAAAGCUACUGAGCAAGGGCGAAACUUACGUUAUGAAUUCACCAAAUCUUGUUAUAAAGUUUCUUCCUGUGCCUGAUGUCGAGUGGUUAGGAAAUGUCACGAUUAAAUGUCAAGAAACCGGGCUUGAAGCGCAUUUGUGUUAUAAAGGCAAUUCUUUUCUAGGAAGAAAAGGAAACUACCGGUCUAUUAGAGGAAAGAUUAUAUCUUCACCGGAUAUGAAAACCAUUUAUGAGAUCAAUGGUCAUUGGGAUAGGACUGUGGCAAUUAAGGAUAUUAGCAAUGGGAAAACGACGGUGAUUUAUAGGGCGAAGGAUGUGAUAUCAUCACUUAAAACACCCGUUGUCAAGGACCCGAAGGGACUGCAGGCGAGCGAAUCUGCCGUGGUAUGGGCAAAAGUUAAUGAAGGAAUCUUGAACAAGAAGUGGGAUAAAGCAAAUGAAGCAAAAAUAAGCAUCGAAGAAAACGAGAGAGAAUUGGCAAGAAACAGGAUGUUAAAAGGUGAAACUUGGGUUCCAAAACAUUUUAUAUUAUCCGGUUCCGGUUCUAAGGAAACCGGGGACCGCGAUUGGGAGAUCAAACCCAGAAAUUUGACACUACCUCCUGCUCCUAUCAUUGUCCCUCUCUAGUUUUGUUCAUAUAGUUUUCUCUUAUAAUUAAUUUUUUAAAAUGGGUGUGUUAAUAACAUAUUGCUAGUGUUUUUCAUAAACUAAAGUGCAAUUGCUUACAAAUUACAUUCAUGGGAA